AUCUCUUUCUCUCUCUUUCUCUUAUCAUUCGCGAGGGACCGAGCAAUUCCAAUGGAGCAGAGGCCAGAGCGUGCUCCUCCUCCGCGAUCCAUGGACCUCUAGAGGGAGCGCCGCUCUUCCAAUGGCUCCCCUUCGCCGUCGAACCCACGUCCGUUGCCCGAUCCCAGCCAUCUCCGCCACGCCCGCCUUCUCCGCUGCUGCACUGGUUCUUCUCCUCUUUCUCGCCUCCUUCUCCUUGCUCAGCCCCCCGCUUCUUGACCGCGCAUCCCUUCCUGGUUCCUUUCAUUCGCUUAAGCAUCGUGAGGAUCUCAAAGAGGAUGCUGAUGUUUUUGUUGAGCUUUUUCAUGUGCCGAAUGUAGGGAGUUCUAAGCCGGAUCUCUGGGCUUCGAAGCGAAGCAAGCAUUUUUAUGGAUGCAGCAACGCCAGUCGAAAAUUCUCAUCAGCUGAAGUUAUUACUCAACCUGAAAGGUACUUGAUGAUUGCUACUAGUGGAGGUUUAAAUCAACAAAGAACAGGAAUUACAGAUGCUGUUGUGGCAGCUCGCAUCUUAAAUGCAACGCUAGUCGUUCCAAGGCUGGACCAGAAGUCUUUCUGGAAAGAUGCUAGCAACUUCACUCAAAUCUUUGAUGUCGACUGGUUCAUCUCAUUUCUAUCUAAAGAUGUUAGAAUUAUUAAACAACUCCCAAGAAAGAGAGGGAGAGUUAUACGGAGUCCAUAUACUAUGCGCGUUCCAAGGAAGUGCACUCCAAGAUGCUACCAGAAUCGUGUCUUACCUGUUCUUUUGAAAAAGCAUGUUGUUGAGCUGACAAAGUUCGAUUUCAGGCUCUCAAACAAGUUGGAAACAGAUUUACAAAAGCUGAGAUGCAGGGUUAAUUAUCAUGCUUUGAGAUUUACAAAACCAAUUUUAAAAAUGGGCGAGACAUUAGUCAGGAGAAUGAAGGAAAAAGGAAAACAUUUCAUUGCCCUUCAUCUCAGAUUUGAACCUGAUAUGCUUGCCUUUUCUGGGUGUGACUAUGGUGGAGGAGACAAGGAAAAAAGAGAGCUUGGUGCUAUACGCAAGAGGUGGAAAACUCUACAUAUAAGCAACCCUGAGAAAGAACGCAGGCAUGGGAAAUGCCCCCUAACCCCUGAAGAAGUAGGUCUGAUGUUAAGAGCUUUAGGAUAUGGGAAAGAUGUCCACAUCUAUGUAGCAUCUGGUGAAGUGUAUGGAGGAGAAGACACAUUGGCCCCCCUGAAAGCCCUCUUUCCUAAUUUUCAUUCGAAAGAAAUAUUAGCCAGCAAGGAGGAGUUAGCACCAUUUGCUACAUUCUCAUCUCGCAUGGCUGCUCUUGAUUUCAUUGUUUGUGACAGAAGUGAUGCGUUUGUGACCAACAACAAUGGUAACAUGGCGAGGAUAUUGGCAGGACGACGGAGGUAUUUUGGUCACAAGAGAACAAUUCGGCCAAAUGCUAGAAAACUGUACUCUUUGUUUCUGAAACGGGCCAACUUAACUUGGGAUGAAUUUGCCUCCAAGGUUCGUACAUUUCAGAAAGGAUUUAUGGGAGAACCGAAAGAAAUAAGAUCCGGUAGAGGUGAAUUUCACGAGAAUCCAUCAACUUGUAUUUGUGAAGAUACUCAACCAAAGGUUUCGAACGACAAAGGGGAAGGUAGUUCCAUGAGUAGUGUUGAUGAACUGCCAGAUGGUCCUUUUAGUGAUGAGGAACCUUCAUUGCUUGAUCAAGAUUAUGGUGAAAAUGAGCCUCUGGGGUUAUACUCAUCCAAUGGGACGGAAUUGUCCCAGAACCUUUCUAUUCCAGCUGAACUCUUCGAGUUGGAAGACAUGUUUUCAGAUUAAUGGAGGCAACCUUAGUCUUCUCCUGAAUUGUUUUAUCAUGUUCUUUUGGCGAAGUUGGAAUCGUCACAUGACUCACAUCGUUAGAGGACUCUUAAGAGCUGCUGCUGUUCGUGUUUGUACAUGCUUUCUUCAAGUGUCUUCCACCUUAUCUCACAUUCAGGUUAGUUUUUGGUCAUUGCAGAGCUUUUAUGUACAAUGUAGUGGCAAUAUUUGGAUGCCGGAAGGCAUCUCAUCAGAUAAUCUUUGUUCUUGCUGUUAUUUAUCAUCACCACUUGUUUAACUUAAAAGUUGUGAUGCUGGAACACCAAUUGUUCAGAGAAAGAACUAGUAGUUUGCAUGACUGCUGAAUGUGUAUAAAGUUCUUAUCACUAUAGAUUGAUGGCUACUUUCGCAAUCCAAAUUAUUUUCAGUGAUGCGUUUUUUAAC